CAAUCAUGUCGGACUCGGAUUAUUUUCAACAAGCAACUGUCAAUAUAAAAUUACCACCUUAAUUACCCUACCAACCCCAAUUCCAAUAGACCAUUCGAUAUUCCUCUGUCUUAAACCGAGUACGCAUCACGACCAACCAAAUGAACGAGAAAGUGCCAAUGUGAAUAAGGCCCCAAACUUUCUGCAGCGAUAUAUAACGAGAAAGCGAAGGAGGAUUCAGACUGCAGUGACACUCCACAAGUUACAGGUCGAUGACGAUCACUUGUGAAUAAUAAUUCCAACAAUGAUACUUUCACGAGGGUUGAAUUUAUUAAAAGUCACCUAUAAAACCAGUCAAAAUAAAGUUGCUGCGACGAACCUGCAAUCUGUUAGAUUUAAUAGCGGGGAUGAUUGGGUAUAUCGUGCAAGCCCACCGGUAGAAAAGAAUUGGUUGUAUGUGGCGGAAGCUUUCGGAGGUCUCUUGUGGUGGUGGAUAUUAUGGCAUUUUUGGCACGAUUAUGACCACUUUUUGGAAAUAGUACCAUAUCCAAAUCCUGUUAAAUGGACAGAUGAGGAAUUAGGUAUACCACCAGACGAUUAUGAGGAGACGCAAAUUGAAUAGUAUAAAAAGAUUACAAAACGGUGUGUAUAUAUAUAUAUGUAGAGAGAGAGAGUGAGAGAAAGAGAGAAAAUAUUACAAUUAUGUGUUCCAAGACAAACUUGUAAAGUUUGAUUAAUUAAAGUGGAAUGCAGGUUUA